GGGGCGGGCGCGGGCGGUGGCGGCGGCGGGCGGCGCCCCCGGGCAAUAUGUUCAAGAGAAUGGCAGAGUUCGGGCCUGACUCCGGCGGCAGGGUGAAGGGCGUUACCAUCGUGAAGCCGAUCGUGUACGGGAACGUCGCGCGGUACUUUGGGAAGAAGCGAGAGGAGGAUGGUCACACUCACCAGUGGACGGUGUACGUGAAGCCGUACCGGAACGAGGACAUGUCUGCAUAUGUGAAAAAAAUUCAAUUCAAGUUGCAUGAAAGCUACGGUAAUCCUUUAAGAGUUGUUACCAAACCACCAUAUGAAAUCACCGAAACAGGCUGGGGUGAAUUUGAAAUAAUCAUUAAGAUAUUUUUCAUUGAUCCAAAUGAAAGACCUGUAACCUUAUAUCACUUGCUGAAGCUUUUUCAGUCGGAUACCAACGCCAUCCUGGGGAAGAAAACUGUAGUUUCUGAAUUCUAUGAUGAAAUGAUAUUUCAAGAUCCUACUGCAAUGAUGCAGCAGCUGUUAACAACAUCUCGUCAACUAACACUAGGUGCUUAUAAACAUGAAACAGAGUUUGCAGAUCUUGAAGUGAAAACAAGGGAGAAGCUCGAAGCUGCCAAAAAGAAGACUAGUUUUGAAAUUGCUGAGCUUAAAGAAAGACUAAAAGCAAGCCGUGAAACCAUCAACUGUUUAAAGAAUGAAAUCAGAAAACUUGAAGAAGAUGAUCAGUCUAAAGAUAUGUGACCAGUGCUGACUUGUAUGUACUGAAAAUGGAAAGACUUCAGUCAUGGAAUUGUGUGAGUUCUCUUCAGUUCUGUAACUGAGCCUAUGAGAAUUUCACUGGUAAAUGAUUGAAGUUUGUGGCAAUCAACUCCAUAAAUGGAAAAAAGAAAGAAUGUAUCCUUGUUUUAUAGUUAAAAUCUGUGGGUACUUAACGAUUUAUUUCAAGUGGAAGUGGUCUUGGAGACCAGACUACUUUUUUUUUUAAAACUGCAUUUGAGUCGUGUAUGAAAACUUUGUAUUAAGUCUUGUAUUAGUUCAAUGUGACUUUACAAAAUGCUGGUGUUUACUUUUUUUACUGUUUUUUUUUCUACUGAUUGUUUAGAGAUGCGUCUUUAAAGCUAAAAAUAAAAUAUGCAGUUUUUUAUUUUAGUACUUGUCUCUGUCCAGCAGUGGGCUUCAAGAACAACUGUAAGUAGCAUACCCUGAUUUCAGGCAGGUUGAAAUACAAUGGUAUGCAAGUUGUUUAAGUCUGGUUGCAGUGACUUUUGGCAUGUCUCUCUGUUAUCAGCACAGUGAAAACACUUUAUGAAAACAGGAUUUUAAAUAACUUGUUUUUAAAACAGGUAAGAGUUUCUAGCCCCAAAGCUGCUUUAACACAUAUAAAUGCACCAAUGCUACAAACUAUGUUCAGAAGCAGCAAAUUAUUCCAGUACUGUUUUGUAGGAUUUUGUUUAAUAUUUGUACUGUACUGCAGUCACUUCACCUGCUCCAGCCUGGUGUCCCUCCCACAAGAGAUGGUCUUCCAUGAACUUCUCAAUGUGAGAGCUUCUCAUGGGCUACAUUUCUUCACUAAAUGCUCCAGUGUGGUUCCCCCAGGGGGUCAUAAGCCCUGCCAGCAAACCUGCACCAGUGUGGGCUCCUUUCCAUGGGGCCACAGAAGCCUGUCCAGUGCAGGCUUCCCAUGGGAUUGCAGUCCUCUUUGGGCAUCCCUCUGCUCUGGUGUGGGGUCCUUCACAGGCUACAGGUGGAUCUCUGCUCCACUGCCUGGAGCAUCUUCUCCUUCCUCGCUGACCAUGGUGUCUGCAGGGCUGUUCCUCACAUAUUCUCACUCCUCUCUGUUGCCCUGGCCCAAGCAGGUUUUAUUUCCCGCCUUUUAAAUCAGCAACCUGUUGGGCUCAGCCUUGGCCAGUGGCAGGUCCAUCCUGGAGCCAUCUGGCAUUGGCUCUGUUGCACAUGGGGAAAGCUUCUGGCAGCUUCUCACAGAAGCCACCCCUGUAGCUCCCUAACUACCAAAAACUUGCACAUAAUUCUUAAGUCACUAGCAAGUGCUCCCCCAAAAAUCUACAUGAUUUUAUCAAUGCUUUGAGAACAAAGCACUCUUUUCUUCAUAUUUGAAAAAAACUGAUGAUUGAUUGACUUUUAUAUGGCAUGGUAAACCGAAUCACUCAGUAUGUAGAUUUAGGGUUUUCAUUAAGAACAGCAAUUUGGCAUACUUAGUUUAUGGUAUUAUGUAUGCACAGAGGCUGAGGAACAGCUUGUACUGUGCUGUUUACACAGAUCCUUCCUAGCACUGCAGAAUAUCGAAAUCUGUCAAUUUUUGGCUAAGUGCUUUGGUUUCUUUAUUCAGUAGCCAAUUUCCUUUUAAGCAGCAGCUGAAGAAGAAUGCUGUUUUCAGAGCUGUGCGUUGAGAGUAAGACUUGCAUGGGCCACAGUAUAUUGUGUAUGCUGAAACAAAAAUGGGAAUGGAAAGCACAAUUUGUGGUGUAUGCAACAUUAUUAUCUUCAUAUUUAUCAGUCAAAAUAGUAGUAAUGAUGACCAGCUCAAAUGGAAUAUUAAAGAGGAUCUGCAAGAGCUUUGACUAACAUGAGUAUGUGCCGAAACAGACUUGAACAGACCAAAAAAGAAUGGAGAUCUACCUUUUGAAUCCAACUUUUUUGUGGGAGCCCAAAGUAUUUUUUUUGUUUACAUCCAAUAAACAUCCUGUAUCCUAGUGUCCUAGGAUACAGGAACAACGAUCCUGGCUCCACUGUUAGUAGCCCUCAGCAUGCUAGACCACUGAUGUAAUUUCUGUUUGUCAUUAGUGGUCUUUUUUCCUCAGUUUUUCUUUCAACUUUUUGUAUUUUUUUCCUUCUCCUUUGUGCUCUCUGCAAAGAUCCUAGAAGAGUAUUAGGCUCCUGAGAGCAUAUGUGUACACAGAGAAUUUACAGUAAGUGUUGAUCUUCUAGUGCAUAUCAUUUUCAAAGUUAUUAGAAGUGAAAUGGAGUGGGGCACCUAAGGACACAGUUGCAUUUGACCUCCAUUGCCUUGAAGAAAAAGAAAAACCCAAACGCUACACUCUGCUUUAUUUUAGCAGCCCUACAAAGAUGCGAUUGCAGAGAAAAUAGUUCUGGUUUGUGCUUGCCAGGAUGCAAACUUAAAUGCUAUUUAUAUUGCUGAGGCUGACCUUAGACUGUGGCUUCAACCUGAGUUAUGAUUGGGAAACACAGUUGUAUUUAAAUGUUCCUUUGCAGAGACAGAGAAAAAAACCUCACUGUGUUACAGAUACAGUUUGAUAUCACUGAAUUGCACAGUAAUUUGUUCAAUUGCCUACUCUAAAGCUUUAGCAACCACUUGAAGUUGCCUUUUGGUAGGUAAAGAUAAACCAUGGUUUAUCUCAGUUUAUGUGCUUACUGUUUUGAGUUUUACCAGUGAGCAUCAAUAUCAAGUAUGCAAAACUAGUAGUUAGUGUCAUGGCCACUUCCACUAUAAAGACUUGGGGGUUUUAAAUGUUUUAGCUAGGACAAAUGACUACAACAGACAAUGACCUGUUUACUCAGUACCCAGUAUUAUGUAUCACUAGUCCUUUUCUUACCUAGCUCCAUCUCAUAUAACUUAGUUCUUUCCUUUGGGUUUUGCCCUCUGUAGUUUACAGUCAGACUGUGAAGUUGUAUAAGGCUGUUGCCCAGGAGGUUUCUCACCAAAAGUACCAUUAUCCGAAAGGAGAUGUGUAGAUAUGGCUAAGUGAAAGAUUUACUUGAGAAUUUUUGUAGUCAGUACUGGAAGCAACAUUAAAGCACCCUGUUCAUUUUUCUUCUAGACAGAUGCUGGUAAUAACCUCUUCUGAUUAUGCAUUUCAUCCAUAUAAAAUACAUCAGUGUGUGUUUGCUUCUUAAUGAGAAUACAGAUUUAAGAGCGUUUCAGGUGGUUUUCAGACAUGAUGUUUACCAAACACCAGGUGGCAGCUAUGUCCAAAAUAUUCUCCAGUCUCUACAGCAGCUUCAUUACUGGGAUUUUGGCAGAUCUGUGAUAUCUUUGGUUGACCUCAUUUGCUUUGAGACUUGAUCAUCUCAUGAGACAAUCUGUAUUUGUUUUAGUAGAGGUGACCAAAUUAUCUCUUGCAUGUUACAGAACUGUUCAGCAGCCUUGUCAGCAAAUCAAAUGUGCUGUGCCAGGAAGCACAAAAUAAAGUGUCAAUGUUUACAAUUUUUGUUCAUUUGGCAAGGGAAGCAGCUUUCAAAUAAAAAUCUCUUUGUUGUUUUUAGGGGUUGUUUUGAGGGGUUGUUUUCAGGGUUUUUUCUUUCUUUUUCAGGCCAAGAUUAUGUUACAAUCUGAGUGCACAAAACUUAAUUUAGGCACUCUACUGGACUACAUGCUUUGCUUGCACUCAAUUGCAGGUCCAAAAUGGCAGGAUUUUCCACAAGUAAAAGCAAUUAUUUUUUAAAACUUAAUGUUGAUAAAGUUAAUAAACUUCUUUGACUACUUACUGUGUAAUGAAUACUACAAAUGAACUUUGCUUUCCAAGUGUGUUGAAACUUCUAAUUUUCCUGUAUACAGCAGGGAAGAACACUUUUACUUAAGUAAGGGGAAGAGAAGAGAAUUAGGAUGGUAGAAAAGAAUAGCAACAAUGAGCAAUUCCUGUUAUAUAUAUUAGUGGGGAUUUAUGUAACAUUCAUUUAUGGUAUAUUUAUGCUAUUUCCAUUUUAAAAUGUUCUAAGCUAGCACAUGAAGUCGUUUAAGUUUCUAGUGAAACAGGCUUGCCUAUGCAAAUAGCUAGUACACAUCCAAAAUUAAAGUUUAUGUUUUGAUUUUCAUAGGAAAAACCUCUUGAAUGUCAAUGAAAAGGCCACAAAAAGAACUCCAUUAACAUUGCAAUAUACAGUAUAUCCUACUCUGCCCCUAAUAACGACUGUAUUUUUAAGGCGUUCAUGUGUUAAAUGAGAAGCUGGCCGUUCUUAUUCCCAUACUCGUGGGGAAUUCUGUACUUUAGGACAGAAACAGAUUUCAUCUGAUGUACUACUGGCUUCUGCUUUGCAAAUACUUUCACCUGAAGUGACCAACAGCUUUGUUUUCUUCAAUAUCUCAAUUCUGCAGUGUCUGGCAAAUCUCACCUUUUUUUUAGUCUACAAAAUCAGCUUUUUUCAAAGUGCACAUUUCAUUUAACCUCUGAUCUAGAAUGUUAAUAAAAAGCAUGGGUUUUAGUUAAACAUGCUUCUAAGUUUCUCAGUGAAACUUGUCUUUAUUCAUAGAAUCAAGAAACAGGAUAUAUGACUAAGAAAGUUCUUCCCAUGAUGAAUUGCUCAGGCAGAACUGCACCUCAGUUUAAAUGACUUUGAACAAAAGAUAAUAGAAUCAUUCCACAGUUAAAUUGUAUUUUCUAAUCUUGCAUCUUUAAGCAUGCUGGGUAAAUGCAGGUAUUAAGAGUUGUCAAAACCAAGGUUUAUGCUCCUCAUGCAUGUAAUAAGGGUGACAACUUUUGGACCUAAAAUGUAGAAACUGAAUAGGGUUGCAGCACUGUAUUGUUCCAUACACUGAGUCUGGUGAAUGUAGCAGGGCCAGCAUGUGGCUCCUUUUUUAUCUCUUUGUUUAUUAAAGUAAGAAUUAAUCCAGGUAAUUUUUGUUUUAAUUACUGUCCUGAGUAGAGUGAUAACUGUGUUCCACAUAACACUCCAUUCAGGUCCCAAGCCACCUGAACUCCGAGUAAGUAAAAAGGAGAAUGUUGAGAAGUUAUGUUUCAGGAGCUCGCAGUUAACUUUUGGUGUUAUUUCCUGGUUUCUUUAUGGAAGUUUAUGUAGUAGGUAAAGCAUUUACUUGGUAAGCUAAAUAUUCCUGAGGAAAACUGAAUCUGCAUCGCACAGUUUUAGACAUUCUUCACCGUGAGAUCAUGAGAGUGCUCUCCAGUGCUGCUGCCCACAGUGAGCUGUAGACAGUCAGCUCUGAAGGACUUCUCUAAGACUGGACAGGGAACAGGCAAAGGAAAACCAUAACCUCAUGUAGUGAUUAGGGCAUUAGAGAAAACAAAUGGGUGCUAUUUUUCAAGCUGAAAAAAGCCACCAUCCCAGGAAAGGGUUGCAUCCUUAGUAAAUAAAUAUGUCUAAAUUAGAUUGAAUUAUUUUCCCAUUACCUUUGGAAGUUACACAACUUUUUUGUGGUUGUAGAAUAAAUAUAUGUAUUGGACAACUGGAACUGGUUUUUUUUUCCUUCCUGCUACAGGUUAAGCAUGUUUGCAUGGUGAAGAAAGACGCAGGACUAAACUAGACAGACUGAACUCCAGCACCCACUACAUAGUGUUUAAAAUGAUCAAAGCAUCCGCUGCUUUGCAAAGCUUUGUGGUUGCUCUGAAUCUUCCUUUCACAGCCCUUAUCAACAACAGCCAGGAGGGGCAGUGCUAGAUGAAGAUGGGCAUUGCCUUGGAUCAUGACAGAACAUUGUGGGCCGUGUCAGAGGGCACGGCUGAUUUGCUGUGCACUCAACUGCUGGGCCUGCAAGUCACCAACCACAAGGCUGCUCCUCUUGGGUGCUACUUUGUGCUCAUGGAGCAUCUCAUCACUGAUCAGUCUGCUAGUCCUGCAUCCUGAUAGAUUCACUCGAAAUUAUUUAACAGUAAGGAGUCUACAGUUUCAAAUAGCACAGUCUAGCUGAAUUUAAACUAAACUGUGUUGUGAGUUUUGCUUGUUUUUUUUAGUAAAUGAGAAAUGAGUCCUAGUCCUUGUGCAUUUGCUGAGAAAAAAGAAGAUACAUUUCUAAGGGUGUGAAUUCUUUCUAGUAUUCUUUUUCCCCUCAGGCAUAAAAGACAGAAACAAAAGCACUACUUUUUUGGAAGAGGCUGACACAGUAUGUGUAUUUUUAAAUGGAAAAGCAGUAAAACUCUUCAUGGAUUCAUUGUCUGAAAAUUCUUUGUUCAUAGUUUAAUCUGACCCCAUAUGGUACUAAAAGCUUGCAAGUGCUCUGCCUCUGUGUUUGGAGAUGGAAAUGCCUGGUACUUCACUAAAUAAACCUGACCUUCGAUCCUUGUGAA